UUAAUAUGGAGGACUUUGUUUCUUAUAAUUAUUAUUAUAUAAUAAUAUUUUUUGAAGCUAUAAUGUGGAAAGAACCUUAAAUAUAUGAAUCCACGUAAAAGGAGUAGUAGUAGUACCAUCUUGUCUACACACCAAAGACCCACUCUACUGAGAUUUACUAUAUUCUAUUCAAAUACAUCAGCUUCAACUUCGGAUCUUGAAAAAAGUUUUCAGAUCUGCAUAGAGUGAGAGACAGAGAGAAGACCCACCUUCAACAUCAAAAAGCCUCCAUUAAUCCGAAAAAAUGCUCACAGCUGAUCAUCAUCAUCAUCAAUACCAAGCUCAUCCCAAGAAAUCUCUCCAAAUCAAACAGGAUGACAAAUUCUUCUCUAGGCUUAUGUCCAAAGAAACCUCCAUGGCUAAUUCUUCUUGCAGGGUCUACUAUGGUGAAGCUGGUGCAGUCCCAUUCAUGUGGGAGUCACAGCCUGGAACUCCUAAACACCCAAUUUCUGACAACUCCAUUCCUCCUCUAACACCCCCUCCUUCCUAUUCUUAUUCUUCUACAAAAUCCAAAUCCAAAUCCAAAAUUUGCAAACCAAAAUGUUUUAGUGCUACUACUACUUCUGCCAUCUUCUUCCCUUUUUUGACACGGAAGAAGAAGGAGAAGACGACCCAGAUAAGGUCGUCGUCUCACUUUCCUUCGUUGUCUUCUUCAUCUUCGUCGUCUUCUUCGUCUUCUUCAUGGUCUUUGUCGAACUGGUCGUCAUCUUCUUUUAGCAACCAGAAUGUUGGUAGGGCUCGACAGCGACGACGGUGUAUAUCCGGAUCGGGAGUUCAGUUAGACUACGAUUACGAUGAUGAGCAUGAAUCUGAAUCGCCCACUUCAACUUUGUGCUUUCCUGUUAACGGCAAACAAAGAACUUGGAAUGAAGAUAAGAAUAAUAAUGGAGUUUCUGGAAGCUGCUACUCAAUGGGGAAUCUGAAAAAUGCAUUGUUGUCCGUUGUUGGCCAAGGUAGUACUUCUUCUGCUUAGAAAAUUUCUGAAAAAGUUGAAUCUUUUUUAUUCUGUUAUUAUUUUUUUUAUUAGAAUUGAUGUUCAUAGUUUAUGGACAAAUAAUGUGGCGUGCAUUGAUUAUGUGAGUUAUAAUUUAUUACCAACAAUUAUCCGUUGAUGGAACAUUAAUAUAUUAUAUUCAUGAUGUAUCUUCAUAUCUUAUGAUCAUCAUGUGGACAUAAUUAAUCCAUGAUUAGUUUUCUUGCUUUUGUGUA